AUGACGACGAUAUCUGAUCUUCCAAAUGAUUUGGUAGGGGAGAUACUAUCUAGGGUUCCUAUAACUUGUCUCGGAGCGGUGAGAUCCACUUGCAAACGAUGGAAAGCUUUAUCGGAAGAAAGGAUUCUAUGUAAAACAGAAGCGAAGCAUCAGUUUCUAGGGUUCAUGAUGAAGAAGUAUAAGCUUUGUUCACUGAGGUUUGAUCUCCAUGGAACUUUCAACGAAGAAGAAUUCGUGGAUCCAUCUGUAAAGGAGAUAGAUAAUAAGCUACUUAAUCAAAUCAAUAUAUCUAAAGUUUAUCAAUGCGAUGGGUUAUUGUUAUGCGUGACCAAAGAGGACAACGCUAGGCUCGUGGUGUGGAACCCUUAUUUGUGCCAAACCAGGUGGAUCCAACCCCGCAGGGCUUACCACGGACAAGACUGCUAUGCUAUCGGAUACGACAAUAACCGUAAGCACAAGAUCUUGAGGUUCUUGGAUUGUUACGACCAUUCUGUUAAGCAUACGUUUGCUGAGUACGAAAUCUAUGAUUUUAGCUCAAGUUCAUGGAGGGUUCUUGAUAUCACUCCCACCUGCGAGAUACAGGUUUACCAACGCGGUACUUGUUUGAAAGGAAACACUUACUUUUUUGGCCAGGAAAAAAUAGUAUACCAAGAGGAUGGUGAGUAUCCAGAGCCACCAGAAAAUUUAAUCUGUUUUGACUUUACCAAGGAGAGCUUUGGAGAGUUUCUUCCUCUGCCGUUUCUGCUCUAUAUGUUUUACGAUGUUGGAGCUUUCUCUUGUAUUGGAAACGAGAAACUCGCGGCGUUAUCUCAUCCCGAGGAUAUAUCAAAGGUGGAGAUUUGGGUUACAAGUAUGAUUGAGCCAAAUGCCGUGUCAUGGAAUCCUUUCUUAGUAGUUGAUAUGUCCCUUCGCUAUGGUUUUUAUUUUCGCUUUAGCUAUGGAGGUGGCAGUUUCUUCAUUGACGAGGAGAAGAAAGUGGCUGUGGUUAUUGAUUAUGACGCAUCUGAAAUGACACGCUACGAGGACGAAGCUUACAUCAUUGGAGAGAAUGGCUCUUAUGUUCCAACUUUAGCACAUAUCAACUAA